AUGAGUUCAGAUGGACAGAAGACACUCCCGCCCUACAUCAUACCAGGUAAACACAUCACACAUCAAGCUCACUCACAUGACUGUUGUUGUCUGACUGGUUCACUGAAUGUAUUUUACUUUCCUUCAUCCUGCAGAAGGUCCAAGUACGGGUCAGGGGGACAUACCUGAAGUGAGGGUUUACAAUGUCCACACCCCAUUUAACUACCAUGGCAGCUCAAGUGCCUCCAAUGUCACACCAGGUAAAUGCACGCCUGAUGUUCCACUGCCUGAUGUGACCUGUUGAAAUCCUGACAGUGACUUUUCAAUCAAAGUUAAUCAACUUUGUUUCUCUCCUCCCCUCCCCAUCAGUGUUCACUAGCGGAGGAGGAACCCAUGGCUCAGGGCUGGAUGGUGGGGAUGGCAAACAGAGGUUUGUGAGCUAUGACUCAGCACUUGGGGAUUCUCCAGGAAUGACAACCUGCACUUCCUGCCAGCAGCAGGUCAUGACCAACGUCACCUACAAAGCAGGGACCUACGCCUGGCUCAUGUGCUUGCUCUUCAUCUGCUGCGGGUGAGUGUUUGCACCAGGUCCCCAACACCAACAGGAAUUUCUGCUCAUGAAUACUAAACAGCACAGUUUCACUUAUUUUCACCGUGGGUUUGUCGAGUUGUGCUGCCUUGUCAACAUGAUAGAAGAUCAGGGCCAUAUCAACAAAAAAUGAUUAAGAUGUUACAAAUCUUAAUAAGAGCUUGUCAAAUGCUUUGGUUUCACUUUCUGAGGAGCCAACAUAUCAUCCAUCCUUUUGGAUGAUAAUUCUUGAAUCUGAGGGUUUUUCUGGAUUUAAUUCGGUUUUUUAGUGAUCAACAGUUCAGAUUUUUGCCUCAAUUGGUGUUGAUAUUUAUUUUUACAUAUUCAAACAACUUUGUAACUGUUGAAUUUGCGGCUAUUCUGAAGCACCUUGUGACCUGUGUUUUGAUUCAUGCUAUUGUUUUUAAGACAUUGCACACUUGAGCCUUUUCUCAUCAAAGCAGUGGUGGUUUCAAGUCCAGGGAGAGCAAAGACAACCAGUUUUAGGCUGCAGUUGGAGAGGAUUUUGCAUCUGUCUUUAAGAAGUAAAACAGAAUCUGUGCAUUGACACUGACUCUGUGAAUAUAUAUGUUGUAGGUUGGUCCUGUGCUGCUGCCUGAUCCCCUUCUUCAUGAAGAGGUUCAAGGACUGUUACCACACCUGCCCACGCUGUAACAGAGUGCUGCAUGUGGAGAAGAGAAAAUGCUGUAAAUGA